UAUAUAUAUAUAUAUAGAGAGAGAGAGAGAGAGAGAGAGCGAGCAAGCAUUUAUACUGUACCUCAUUUAAAUAGGAAGGUUAAAAUGACACAAUCAGAGUAUACCAUUUGCAACCUAGGAAUGGAUCAAUAAAUAUACUCCAUUAAUACAGAAUAUAAAACGAUACAUGCUGUAGAUUCUGUAUUGAUUAUGCUAGCUACACAGAUAUUUCAGGGAGAUACUUGAGAGUUAGGCAUUAAAAUGAUAAAUUAUCUGUUUUAUAGUUCUGUUUAUAGUGUUUUAUCCAAAGAGAACUUGAGUCAACUGCCAUGCUACCAUGAAACCAGGACUUCAGAAUACAUUGGUUGUGUUGUUUUCUGCUACAGAACUUGCUACCAGUGCAUUUUCUCACACAAGGUCCAAACAUAGCAAGGCUAAACAGUCCUUCCAGCUUAUCAAACUUUCAGGCUCAUCACAUACUGUGUAAUGGAGCUAAAAAUCACUUUCUUUGCUGUCACAAAUUUUGUCCAAGUACUGUAUGUAAUAGAAAGCUGUUCACUAUUAAUGUCCAAAUGUACCUUCAGUGUAAUACUGUAGAUGUUAAUUAUGCAUGUAAUUCUCAUUGUUGAAGUCUAUAUUUACUAAAAGACGAUGUCAUUUUACUCUCAGUGUGAAUUGUUGAAACAUAUGAAGUGGGAAAAUGGAUUUCAGAUGUUUGCACUUUUUCAACCUGAAAUGUCCACAGAUCAUAAUUUCUCAUACUGUGAAAACAAAGUUUACUUCCAAAAUAACCUUAGCUAUAACUACAAAUAACAUGAGUAUGGACAUUAAUGUUGCCAGUUUCUAGGUCAUGAAUGGUUAAUUAAAUAUGUUUUUCGUUGGCAGUAAAAACAGGCAAUAAACCAGUUUUUGAAACGGCUAUAGUGGUCUAAUGUGUAUUCAUUGUCUACAGUGCUGUCACAUGUAGAGUGGGGAAGUGGGAAAAAAUCAAUUGGUUUGGCACAAGUGCCCUAAUUUGAGUUCUGAGCUCGCAAAAUGCAUUAGCCACUGAUAAAAGAUUUUAAUCUCUUCCCCUCAGUUUUUCUUGGAAGGCUUUUUUCCUUCUACAAAAUGCAAACAAUUGUCAAUCAAAAGAAUAUUCUGCUACAUUCCACUAUAUUAUUUUACGUAGUCAAGAUGAAGUGUUAACAACCAAGCCCAAACAAUAUUGGACCACACCGGUGCUAGUAUGUUUUAUUACAAUAAGGAAAACAACUGGGAGUAGAUGAACCAGCCACUGCACAAACAACAUCUAAUAUAGGGGAUGAUUCAUUCCCCUACACAAGUUUCUGCACCUCACUGGUUUCAGUGCUCAGAUUUUUCUCUUAGGAUGGUUAUCAGGUGGCUACUUUAAUGUGGGGUCCAGAAUGGCAGAGGUCCAAGAAUAGGUCCCAUAACCUUUAAUAUGGUUAAAACUAUCUUAACACUCUCACCUAAGCACACAGUUUUAUGAAUAGGCCUAGCUAAUGAACAAUAUUUAAUCUUUGUUAGCUUGUAUAUCCUCACAUUUGCAAAUGCAAAUGAGGGCAGAUGUAAAACUACCACUACGUAGUGACCAUUCUCUUAUGAGAUUAAUUUAGUUAUGUAAGCUGCUAUAUAAGGGUAAAUGGUGUUGAGUAUUUUGUGGGUUAAUGGUUUCACAUGAAAAGAAUAUUCUAUGAGGGAUUUAAAUUAGCAUGCCUAGUGUUCAGCCAAAUAAAUGUGUAAAUUAAACACUGGCCAAGGUUUAUGAAAACAGUCUAUUUAAAAUGCCUCCCCUAAGCCCCAUCUUUAUUUGUGUUAAACGGGGUAAAGUUUGUUGCACUGAAUUUUACCACACAAUUGCCGCAGGGCUUCGAGUCACCUUGGUCUGUCAACGUCUGGAAGUAAACCGGGCAAAGUUUCAUAUUCUCCACCUCGCAGUGACAGCUGCUGUCCGCAGCAGCCCGGCUCUCCUGCCCCUUUGUCCAUUGUCUGUGGAGCUGCCCGGCCUGUGGUUUUAGCUGUCACGUGUGUCUGCGAGAGGGAGACUGGACCACUCUGAGUAAGCAGCCAGGUGUACUGCUGGCUGGCUGACUGGCUCGCGCGGCUCUGGUCAUGCACACGGCUCCAUGCACAGCUGAGUGAAAGGCACAGAGAAGCUGCGUAAGAGGGCGCAGGAUGGAGAGGUGUUGGAACUGUUCAGCAACAGCCCUGGAGGGACCGCCACACACGUUUCCCUCCCAACAGGAUGGGGCCCCAGCACUGUCCCCCCAGUUUCCUCACAGGGCAUUUUGGGGUGCUCUCAGUGCCAUCCUGCUUAUGGUUGUCAUAGCACUCAGUGUCGUGGGACACAUAGGCUUCAGACAGCCAGACCCACAGUCUAUGUUACAGGUGGUUAGGAUCAUAGUUCCAGAUGAGACUGGAAUGAUGGUCAAUCAGUCAGCACUGGUGGACCAGCGAAACGAUGUGGUGAUCUACUCUGUGACCUCCAUCGCCAACCACACCUCCACGGUGAUGUUUGACAUUAAGCAUGGAUUGAUAUGCUACAAACCUGAUAACCAGGAGAUCUGCUUUCUACGCAAAAUGGAGGGAACUGAUUAUGAAAAUGUUCACACUCUUCUGGAUGAAUCUAAAAAGGUCAACCAGUUCUGGCUGGUGGGCAAUGAGACGCAGAGGCACACAGAGUUUCUAGGGGUGCUGGGGGGCAGCCAAGUGGAUGCCUCCACCCUCCAGGAACCCCUCCAGACCCUUUGCCAGCAAAGCUCAAUUUACUGGACCCGCAGAGCUGACGGUCCAGGGAAACAGAGGCUUAUUUACUUCUGCAUCGACAUUUGCUUCCCCAGCAACAUCUGCGUGUCCGUGUGCUUCUACUACCUGCCUGAGUGAGCGGCUGGGCUCAGCUCCACAGCCCAGGGAACGUGCUCCUCCUCUCCACUGCUGAGGCGGUGCCGCCGUUGUGGAAAGAGCAUGGGGGGGGGGACGCGUGCUGAAUCUCCACUCCCACACAGAACACGCAGCCCUGCGUCCCCUCAUCCUACCAAGGGGGGUAACCGGAGAAACCCUGUCUACUAAUCCCAAAAGUUUUCAUCUUUUUUUAAACUUUUUUUUUGGUGGAGGAAUUUGACUGCAGAUGAAAAGAUCCAUUGAUGCCUGCGUUUCUUUAAACCUGCAGUUCAUGACUUUAGAGAUUGCUGUUGGCUGGAGUGUCUCAUCUCAGCAAUAAAGCACCAUUAUAGAAGGUACCACUGUCUGUAGAAGCUCAUGUAAUCAAAGCCUAGAGAGACAUGCUGCAUAG